CUGGGUAAGCCAGAGAAAACAAGCCAGGGAGCAGCCUUCCUCCAUGACCUUUGCUUCAGUUCCUGUCUCACUGUUCCUCGAUGAUGGAUUGUAACGGCAUCCUAGCCCAGCCCCAGCCCUGGUGGAAGAUCCAGCUGUUCAUGUGGGAGCCGGUGCUGUUUGGGACCUGGGAUGGUGUGUUCACAUCCUGCAUGAUCAACAUUUUUGGGGUUGUACUUUUCUUGAGGACCGGCUGGCUGGUGGGAAACACAGGUGUGCUCCUGGGCUUGCUCCUGGUGUCCUUCGUCAUCCUUGUGGCCCUCAUCACUGUGCUGUCUGGCAUUGGCGUCGCAGAGCGUGGCGGGAUAGGCAGUGGUGGCGUCUACUCCAUGAUCUCCUCAGUCCUUGGCGGGCAGAUGGGAGGCACUGUUGGGCUGCUGUAUGUGUUUGGACAGUGUGUUGCAGGUGCCAUGUACAUCACUGGCUUUGCCGAGUCCAUCUCAGAUCUGCUGGGUUUGGGAAACAUCUGGGCUGUGCGAGGAAUUUCAGUUGCUGUACUUCUGGCUCUGCUGGGCAUCAACCUAGCCGGUGUCAAGUGGAUAAUCCGCCUCCAGCUGCUGCUGCUGUUCCUGCUGGCUGUCUCAACCCUCGACUUUGUAGUGGGUUCUUUCACCCACCUGGACCCAGAACACGGCUUUAUUGGGUAUUCCCCAGAACUGCUGAAGAACAACACUCUGCCAGAGUACAGCCCUGGGGAGUCUUUCUUCACUGUGUUUGGGGUGUUCUUCCCAGCAGCUACAGGAGUCAUGGCUGGCUUCAACAUGGGAGGAGACCUGAGGGAACCCGCUGCCAGCGUACCUCUAGGCUCCCUGGCAGCUGUUGGCAUCUCGUGGUUUCUGUACAUCGUCUUCGCCUUCCUGCUUGGUGCUAUCUGCACCCGAGAGGCCCUCCGUUCUGACUUUCUGAUAGCUGAGAAGGUGUCCCUGGUUGGCUUCCUCUUCCUGUUGGGCUUGUACAUCUCAUCCCUGGCUUCCUGUAUGGGGGGACUCUAUGGAGCCCCCCGGAUCCUGCAGUGCAUCGCCCAGGAGAAAGUGAUUCCCAUACUGGCCUCUCUGGGGCAAGGGAAAGGGCCAAAUAAAACACCUGUUGCGGCCAUCUUCCUGACCAGCGUGGUGACCAUGGCCUUUGUCCUAGUGGGCCAGGUGAAUGUUCUGGCGCCCGUUGUGACCAUCAACUUCAUGCUGACCUACAUCGCCGUGGACUACUCUUACUUCGCCCUCUCCAUGGCUCCCUGCAGCCUCCCCGAGUCUCCGGAGCCGGCGCCCAGAGAAGGUUCAGAGGCUCCGCGCUGCUCUGAGCACCUGCUUCGGGACAAGGCUCCCAGCUACGGCUCUGAUACCCCUGCUGGAAGCCUCUCUGAGGGCACUCUGCUGGAGUUCAGCAGGGACAUGGACCAGCUCCUCCAGCCCAGAGGGAGACUCGAGACGAGUCAGCUUGGGUCAAGACAGGGGAACCAGAUCCCAAAGAGGAAGUACAAGAAGGGCGCCAAGCGAACCCUACAAGAUAGCUUCCUCUUGGACCCUGGGUCACCUCCGUCUUUUCCUACAGAAGACUCUGAGGGGUUGUCCGCUGCCUCCUGGGAGGCGCCAGAGUCCUGUCUGAACCAGCGGACAUCUAGGAGUGUAUCACAUGACCAACUUGUCCCAGAUCUGUGCGCCCAGCCUAGAGUGAAUGGAGACGAUUUCUUUCUGAAAUGCAGACUUCAGGAACAAGAGGUCCAGAGGAGACCAAGUGCUUUCUACACUUGGAUGUGUAACCCCUGGGUCUCCCUGUUAGGGGCUGUUGCGUCCCUGCUCAUCAUGCUUGUGAUCCAGUGGGUCUACACCCUGGUUAGCAUGGGUGUUGCUGUCAUUGUGUAUUUCUACAUUGGCCAGGCCAGCCCAGGUCUUUACCUCGGCUCAGCUUCGAACUUCAGCUUUUUCCGAUGGAUGAAGUCCCUCCUGAUGCCCUCCUGCAGGAGCCUGAGGUCCACCCGGGAGCAGAUCAUCUUGGCACCAUCCCUGACCAAGGUUGACAUGGAAAUGACUCAGCUUACCCAGGAGAACACAGACUUUGCCACCCGAGAUCGAUACCACCACUCCUCCCUCGUGAGCCGGGAACAGCUGAUGCCGCCCUAUUAGAACCUUGUUGGACUCCUCCUUUCUAGAAGCUACCCUGGAGAUAGGGGACCAAAAUCUCAGAGCCUUUGGAAACUGCUUCUACCAAUGAGAAACCCCAAGACUGGUCUCACCACAGCUUUGGAUACCAGAAAUCACAUUCUGAUCUAAAGUCUAAACAGAUACUAGGUGUGGCUAUGGAUUCUACUUGUACCCAAACUGAGCAGCCCACAGACCACCAGGAUGAUCAGGUGACCUUAAGACAACCAGAUGUGGAGAACCAAAACCAGAUUUCUUACUGUAAGGACCACAAUAAACACUUUAUUUCUUUUAAAGUAUAUACUAUACUCACAUGGUUCCAAGUCACAAAAUAUAUGCAGGGUAAAAGUCUCCUCUUUCUUGGUCCUCAUCUGCUUGGUUCCCAUCCCCACCACAGAGGUAACCAUUUCUCAUUCAUAUGGCAGCCACCUCUUUACAGAUAGGAAAGGAGGUUCUUAUACCUUCUCAUCCACCAAUGCAGCUCUCUCUACACAGUGUCUGCAGCAUCUUGCCUUCUCCCUUAAGAUGCCGUGGAAGCAUUUCCACGAUGGUGCUCACACAGUUUCCUCAUUAUGCCUUCAGUGCCUGAGGCUGCCAUAAUUGAUUUAAUCAGUCUCAUGAUCAUUUUGAUUCAUGCUGAUUUUUGUGCUAUUGCAGACACUUCUGCAGUGAGUUGUUCUGUUUGUAAGCACAGUCGUGACGCAUACCAGCAGAUAAGUUCUCAGAAGGGGGACGCAGGAUCAGUGGGAAUAUGUAUUUGUAAGCUGUUACCGUUCGGAGAAGCGCUUUUU